AUGGCGGACGAGGGGAUCGCACCGGCAAGCACCGGUACGAUUUUGUAUACUUUACCUGUAGAGCGAGGCAGAACGCAGACGACGCAGCAGAAACCUGUAGUGCGUGGAAGAUACGCCAAGUUCAAUGGCACUAUGGACGUGAUGCUGUUGGAGGCGCUGCAGGUCAACAACCCGUUCACUGCCAAGCACGGCACGAGGCUGCAGAUGUGGCAGAAUGUGGCCGAGUCUAUCGGUAUGCAGGUGUUCAAGAACCCGGGAGCUUUUUCGUGGCACACGUGUCGUGAUCGAGUGACGGCGCUGAUGAAAAUGUACACAGAUGGCAAGCACGACAAGUUAUUUAAACACGGAACGAUGGAGGAGAAUGCCCGCAAGGAGACGAUUCUGCGCGAGAUCAACGAGACGCUUCUCCGGAAGAACCACAAGAUGGCUGGACAGACGGUAGGGGACGGCAAUGGCAAGGAGAGAGUCAUCGGGACGAAAAGUGAUGGCGCUGGCCUGAGCUCUGCUGCUGCCUCCACGGCGCUGGCGCAGAAACGACGGAAAUUGGAGAAUGCUAUGAGUGGCAAAGUGACUGCUGCUACCGACGCUCAUGACGGUAGCAGUAGCGAGAACUUCCGUGCGCGGAUUCUGGAGCUAAUUGAGAGCAAGAUUCAGUUUGACAUGGAUCAACGGCAGAAGGAGACGGAGCUUCGGGAACAGGAGUUUGAGCUGCAGAAGCGGUUCCUGGAGUAUUUACAGUCCAAGUAGGUUGACGGGAUAUGCUGGUGAAGAGUGGAGUGAGCAGAGUCAUGUGUCAUGGCGUAAUACGUACAAGAG